AUGACCAAGAAGUUGAUCGGCACGCUGGUCGCAGAAUGUCAGGAUAAUCUGCUGAGGAGGGGAGAGAUCCGUCUUUCCCCUCGGGCCUAUGACAUACACGGUAAGAUCGGUCACGCGGACUCGAAGGUCCGCUUUCUUGGCUGUGUGAGGCAUUAUAUCAUCGCCACUGGCCAUCUGGUUCUGGAACACAACUAUCCACGCAACAAGGCAGAGUUCGGCUCUGUAUCUGUCGAUAUCAAUGCGGUCCUUGAGGACCUGACUGCGGAAGAACUGCGUGUGGGGACGUGGUUGAAUGUGCUGGGCUAUGUGAGAGAGUCACUGCCGCCAUCGUCUUCUUUUUCUUCAACGCCCGAGUCUAAGCAGUCCGGUGAUACAACUACCGGACCUGUCACGGUUCCCUCUCGCCCGGUGCAUGUCGAGGCUGUUGUGGUAUUCCCAGCUGGUGCCAUUGCACUCGGAGAGUAUGAGAGGAUCCUUCGCAAUUCGCAGGAUGUGGAGCGUAUGAUACAAGUUACCAAUUGA